AUGCUCGCCUUGGACAGAAUAUACCCCGACGGCUUUCAGAUUCCCGAAACCUUCAUCGGCAAGAACAUCCUCCACCUGCCCACCAUGAAGACCCACGUCUUCACCACCAUCACCGGCGCGAUGAAGAACGCAUUCGGCGGCUUGCUAAACCACAACCGCCACUGGACGCACUCCGCCAUCCAUGAAACCCUCGUUGAUCUCUUGCAGAUACAGAAGCAGAUUCACCCCGGCAUCUUCGCCGUAACCGACGGCACAUUCGCCGGCGACGGCCCCGGCCCCCGCGCCAUGCGCUGGCACGCCAAGAACGUCAUCCUCGCAAGCGCCGAUCAGGUCGCCAUCGACGCCGUAGCCGCCAAGAUGAUGGGCUUCGAUCCAUUGAGCAUCAAAUUCAUCUGGAUGGCGCACGAAAUGGGACUCGGCUGCGGCGACAUUCGCGACAUCGAAAUCGUCGGCUCCGACAUAUCCGACACCAACUGGAACUUCAGCAGCGGCGAAAACACCCUCUUCAGCAGCGGCCAGAAAUCCGUCUAUUGGGGCCCCUUCAAGCCCCUCGAAAACGCCAUCGCCCGCUCCCCCCUCGUCAACCUCGCCAUCGCCGCCUCCAACCUCUACCACAACGGCUACUGGCUCCCGGUCAAGGGCAGAAGCCGCGUCCAAUCCGCCCUCCAGACCGAUGGGGCAACCUCUUCCAAUCCUACUAGGACAAAAAAGAUCCUUCCCCCUAUAGUCGGGGGAAGGAUUUCAAUGUCAGCGUCCUGCCAACUGGCUUUUGUAUGA